AUGGCGGCCGUGGCGGCCGUGCCAGUGGCAGCUUUGGCCGGCCAAGCGCCGGCUGCCCCGCGUUGGGCGCGAGGCCGUGCGUCCACGCGGACUGCGGCGCAGGCCUGGCGAGUGCGACGCCUGGGCGGCCUUGGCCUUGCCGCGCUCGUUGGUGGGCGAGCCAGGGUGGCCCGCAGGGCAUACUUGGCCGAAUCCGUCGCCGCGGAUGCUCGCUCGGCUUUGAACGAAGUGCUUGCUGCAGCGCCGAAGGAGGCCCUAGUGCUGCUUCUGAUCCCGCGGCGCUUCGCCGCGGAGGCGCAGCAACUGGUGCAGCAGGCGACGCAGAGCCUGCCAGGAGUGCAGCUGGCCGCCUUCAUCACCGGCGGUCAAUCCCUCCAGCUCGGGACACUCAACGGUCCACCUGGCAGCAUCAAGGCCUUGUCCUUGUCGCCGGAUUCCCCGGACGCCGGCCUGGCUUCUUUUGCGUCUGCGGGUAGCGUGCUGGUCCUCGCGGAUCCCAGCGUUUCGCCCCCGGCGCUGGGGAGGACACUGGAGGCGAUCCAGAAGAAGUGGCCCAACACCACGACGGCGGGGCUGGUGGCCGCCCCGGGCAACGCCCCAGGGGCGGCGUCCGUGUGGCUCAACGGGGUCGCAGCGCCGGUGGCUCUGCUGGUGCUGCCCUCCGCCGCGAACGCGGCGCUGGACCUGGCGGGCUGUGCGCCGGUGGGCCAGGAGAUGGAGAUCUUCGAGGCAUCAGCGCAGCGGGGCAAAGGUGCUGAGCUGCUGCAGAUCGGCACAGACCAGGAGGGGGACUACCAAGACGCCGCAGAGACGGAGAAGGGCACCGCGGGCAUCCCGCGGCGGGUGGGCAUCCCUGCGGCCGCAGCGCUGAAAUCCGUGAUGCAGGCAAACAACAUCUCCGGGCCCAAAGAAAUGCUGCUGGGCCUGUCCCGGCCGGGUGGCUCGGGACCUCUGGCCGCGCGCUGGGCGCUCUUCAACUGGGUGGGGGUGUCCCCGAGCGGCGCCUGCCAGCUGGCGGGGGGCGACCCUUUGACGGAGGGUCUGAUGCCCACGGGCGCGCUGCGCCGCUGCCAGGCCUUCCGCCUGACCGCGGCGGGCCCCGACUGGCAGCGCCUGGUAGCUGCUACGGGAGCGGGAAAGACGCCAGCGCUGACGCUGGUGGCAGCUGGGGGCAGGAACUUGUCGCCCAAGGAGGCCGCUGCCUCUGCCGGCCGCGCCUUGGGCGCGCUGGGCGUAGCGGUGCUUGGAGCGAAUGGCGGAGGCUUAGCAGUGCACCGCCAAGCGGGGCUGGUGCUGGCCCUCUACGUGAAGCUGAACCGCCAGCGCUUGGACCAAUCCUUCGGCAAUUUGACAAGGCUUGGCAAUGAGAUCGACCGUGUGAAGCGAGAGGAUGCCUCCCGUCUUCAGGAGGAGUACAAGCGCUUGGUGCAGGGCUUGCGGCAGGCAGGACAGAUCGAUGAGGCCAUGGCGGAUCAGCUGCAAAGCCCAGUGCUGCCGGAGGAUCUGGUCAGCGAGGCCAUCCCCGGGAACAUCCGCAGGGCGGAACAUUUCAUCGCCUUGCUUCGACGUAUCGUCAACUUUUGCCGUCGCUAUUUGCACGUGGAGCGCGCUCAAUGCGAGGGUCCUCUGUCAAUCUGCCACAAGCUGGAGCAGGAUGCAGAAGUGGACUCAAAGUCUCUGAAAUUCUGCCACGAGCGCUUGCGCUCACUGUUGAACACGCUCCAGGUCGCAAACCUGGACGAGUUCAGUCCGAUUACCAAAGUGGCGGAUUUUGUCACGCUGCUUGGGACCUACUCGCAAGGCUUCACCAUCAUUGUGGAUCCCUACCCAGAAGCACAAGGUAUCUACGACCCGACGGUUAUCCUUAGAUGCCUGGAUGCCUCUAUUGCAAUGAAACCGGUGGUGAAGAGAUAUCAGUCUGUAGUCCUCACCUCUGGGACGAUUUCGCCACUCGAGAUGUACCCAAAGAUCCUUGGUAUGUCCAACGUGGUGGUCACCGAGUCCUUCUCCAUCACCAUGGAGCGCAAGUGCCUGUGCCCCCUAAUCGUCACCCACGGCCCCGACCAGGUGCCCAUCUCAUCGCGCUUCAGCUUGCGAGAAGACCCCAGCGUGGUACAAAACUACGGGAUGUUGCUGGAGCAGCUGGUACAGGAGAUCCCCGACGGCUUGGUAUGCUUCUUCACCUCGUACCGCUACCUCGAGCAGGUACUGGAGAAAUGGUACGAGACAGGCGUCAUUGCACGGGUACUGAAGCACAAGUUGGUCUUCAUUGAGACCGCGGAUGUGGUGGCCACCACCUAUGCCCUCAAUCUGUACCGCCAGGCCUGCGACUCGGGCCAGGGCGCCGUCUUCUUUUCCGUGGCCCGCGGCAAGGUCGCAGAAGGGAUUGACUUUGACCGUCACUACGGGCGCUGCGUGGUGCUUUUCGGUGUGCCCUUCCAGUACACGCUGUCUCGCGAGCUGCGAGCAAGGCUGGAGUUUCUGCGCCAGCACUACGACAUCAAGGAAUCUGAGUUCUUGAACUUCGACGCGAUGCGGCAAGCUUCGCAGUGUUUGGGCCGAGUCAUUCGAUCCAAGCGCGAUUAUGGUGUCAUGAUCUUCGCAGACCAACGGUAUGCGCGCAGCGACAAGCGUUCCAAGAUCCCGGAUUGGAUCCGCAACUUCUUGGAGCCCGGACAUGUCUUCAUGGCCACCGACCUGGCAGUGGAGACAGCCAGAAACUUUUUGCUGCAGAUGUCGCAGCCCUACGAAGAGAAGAAAGGCGUCGGGGCAUCGGUGUUGACGCCCGAGGCGCUCAAGGAGCUGCAGGCGGGCGAGGUGCAGAAGCUUCAGGGACUAGGCCAGAACGAGAUCGAAGGGCCUCCGGACAAGAAACCUCGGGUGAAGCUUCGCUGA